AGAUGAUCGACAGCUUUCUGUGCUUCUAGGAACUCAAUGUAUAAAGCACCAGAAUGACUAUGGACCCCAGGGACCUAGUAAAAGUACCAAUCAGCUGCUAGAAACCAAGGUGAUAUAUGUAGUCAUAGGGCAGGGGCACCGUAGCCUUGCCAAGAAACCUCUCUAUAGUACCCACAACCUCAGAGAACAGAUGGAUUCUACUAACAUGUUAGGUAGCCCAAUGGGUGUGGGCAGUAACUCAAUGGUAGGAUCACCCCCUGAUAUGAAACCAGAUAUUUCUGGCCUCAACUCACCUACCAGCACAGUUCCAAACCAUAUGGUACAGGGCUUCUUCUCUAUGGGCCGCCCACCAAUGUCAAUGCAGGGGAUGAUGCCUCAACAGAUGUCACCAACAGGGAUGAUGCACAGCACGCAGAUGAUGAACAUGCAACAGCAGCAGCAGCAGAUGCACUCUCCAACAGAAUCGAUGACAUCCCCCACAACAUCUAUGACCUCGCCUAGUUCCUCCAUGGCCUCUCCCCAUCACAUGCCACACUCGUCAUUGCCAAAUAAACACAUCUGUGCCAUCUGUGGAGACAGGGCCUCAGGAAAGCACUAUGGAGUAUACAGUUGCGAGGGUUGCAAAGGAUUCUUCAAGAGAACAGUACGGAAAGAUUUGACAUAUGCCUGUCGUGAUGAACGCAAUUGUAUAAUUGACAAACGACAGAGGAACAGAUGUCAAUACUGUCGUUACAUGAAAUGUCUUGCCAUGGGCAUGAAAAGAGAAGCUGUCCAAGAGGAGAGGCAGAGGUGCAAGGAACGUGGAGAGAAUGAGGUUGAGAGCACAAGUAACGCCAAUGCUGAGAUGCCAGUAGAGCGUAUCCUGGAGGCUGAACUGUCUGUGGAACCCAAAACAGACACAUAUAUUGACACACAGAAAGAUGCUGUAACAAAUAUCUGCCAGGCAGCUGACAAGCAGCUAUUUACACUGGUAGACUGGGCCAAACGUAUCCCACACUUUGUAGAACUACCAGUAGAUGAUCAGGUUAUCCUUCUCAGAGCAGGAUGGAAUGAAUUAUUGAUUGCUGCAUUUUCGCAUCGCUCCAUCGCAGUUAAAGAUGGCAUCUUGCUGGCAACUGGUCUUCAUGUGCAUCGUAGCAGUGCCCACCAGGCAGGCGUGGGAACUAUAUUUGAUAGAGUUCUCACAGAGCUGGUUGCUAAAAUGCGCGAGAUGAAGAUGGAUAAGACUGAACUAGGAUGUCUCCGAGCCAUCGUUCUAUAUAACCCAGAUGCUAAAGGACUUUCCGCUGUCCCAGAUAUUGAGGCCUUACGUGAAAAAGUCUAUGCUUCAUUGGAAGAAUAUUGCAAGACGCAAUAUCCAGAUGAACCAGGACGAUUCGCUAAACUGUUGCUACGGUUACCAGCACUACGUAGUAUAGGCUUAAAAUGCCUGGAACAUUUAUUCUUUUUCAAACUCAUCGGGGACACUCCGAUAGACACUUUCCUGAUGGAAAUGCUUGAAAAUCCAAGUCCCAAUACCUAACUUCCUUGCAGUGUAAUCCAGCGGAUUUUCAUGAAAAGAAAAAUGAACUUUAAGUUGAGCAGUACUAUAUAUUGAAGCUAAAAGCUGAUGACUGCACAGAGAUGUAUAGGUGUUUGUACAAAAUGUUACAGAGAGAGACAGAGAGAACGUGAUGUUGACAGGUGUACAGUUUCACAGGAGACCUUUGUGCAGUGUUUGCAUGUUUGCAUGUAGAUAUCAGGUCAUGUCUCAAGUGGUCCACAUUGGACAAACUGAACAUUGUUACAUUGCGUCGAAGACCCCUCCACAGCAUUAUGAAAACUCCUCGGUGAUUAGAAUUGAAGUAUUUAUGAAGAAGGCAAGCUCACAUUAUAAACUCAAAUUACUCUAUAUUCAGGGUAUGUAGUAAAUGCGCAUUCUUGAAUGUAAAAUUUCAAGAUAGGUGGCAGCUGUGAUGCUGAAUGUAAAUACAGAGUCCUCUAUUAGUUGAUAGCUGAAUGAAUCCAAUAUUUUAUAUUGUAUUUUAGUUGUAUUAAAAUUUGCACAUUUUGUUGACACUCAUGUGCAUCUAAAGUUCUAAUUGUACUAGUUGUACUAGCUAGCCUAGCUAGAAACUAGUUAAGGAAUACCUAGAUAUUUUAGAAGAAUGUAAUAACAUUCUUGACUCACUGGUGGUAGACAGACAGAAAAGUGCUAUGGAUUAUAUUGGUGUGGUCGUGUGGAAAGAUACCAAAGACAGCACUGCAUUAAUGCAAUUUUAGGCACAUUAGUUGAAAUAUAAACAACAAUAUGAUAGUGCUCGGACCGGUAAUGAAAAGUGGUGCCGGUAUUACCGUAUGUCAUUACCGAUAUUUACCGACUAUAUAGCAAGUAUUUUGAAAAAGGCUAAAAAAA